GCCGCGGCAGUCGGCGGACAGCGUGCGCGCGCGCCGGACCUCAGCGCCCUCCCCUCAGAGAUGGAGUCCCAGAUAUCAGUGCGAGAGUUCUACCGCGGGCGGAGCGUGCUAGUGACGGGCGGCACGGGCUUCAUGGGCAAGGUGCUGCUGGAGAAGCUGCUGCACAGCGUGCCCGACGUGGGCGCCGUGUACCUGCUCGUGCGGCCCAAGCGCGGCCAGUCGGUCGCCCAGCGCCUGCACGACAUGCGCCGCUCGCCGCUCUUCGACCGUUUGAGAAAAGAGAAUCCAGCCGCGUUGGACAAGAUCAAGCCGCUCCAGGGCGACGUGCUGUCGGACGAGCUGGGGCUGUCAGAGCGCGAGCUGGAGCGGCUGUCGGACGAGGUGUCCGUGCUGUUCCACCUGGCGGCCACGUUGAAGCUGGAGGCGCCGCUGCGCGACAACGUGGCGCUCAACACGGGAGGCACGCGGCGCGCGCUGCGCGUGGCGCGCCGGCUUCGGCACCUGCGUGCCUUCGUGCACCUCUCCACCGCCUUCUGCUACCCGGAUUACGAGCUGCUAGAGGAGACGACGCACGCUCCGCCAGUGAGCCCAUCGCAGGUGCUGCAGCUGCUGGAGUGGCUGGACGACCGCCAGCUGGCGCUGCUUACGCCGUCGCUGCUGGGUGCGCAUCCCAACUGCUACACUUUCUCCAAGCGACUGGCCGAGAGUGUGGUCAAAGAUGAGUACGAGAACUUGCCUGCUGUUAUCGUUCGACCGAGUAUAGUUUGCCCGGCGCACGAGGAGCCCGUGCCGGGGUGGGUGGACAGCCUCAACGGGCCCAUCGGCCUCAUGAUCGGCGCCGGCAAGGGCGUCAUCCGCAGCAUGCUGUGCGACGGCUCGCUCGUUGCGCAGGUGGUCCCGGUGGACACGGCUAUCAACGCGCUGCUGGCCAUCGGCGCGAUCGAAGGCUCCAGGACUGACAAGCCGGAAGCGAUACCAGUGUACAACGUGAACAUCGGGCACCAGAAGGCGACCACGUGGGGCGAGGUCAUCCAGAUUGGCAAGGACUACGGGCGCGAGUUCCCACUGGCCUGGCCGCUGUGGUACCCCGGCGGCGGCAUCACCACCAGCGCGCCGCUGCACGAGUUCCGGCGGCUCGUCUACCACCUGCUGCCGGCCUACUGCAUCGACCUGCUGCUGUUCCUGUUGGGUCAGAAGCGUUUAAUGGUGCGAAUCCAAGAGCGAAUAAGUAAAGGCCUAGAAGUGCUGCAGUACUUCACGAUGCGGCCGUGGCACUUCGCGUGCGCGAACUUCGACGGCAUCCAGGCGCGGCUGCGCGCCGACGAGCGCGUCCUGUUCAACACGGACCUGACGCGCGCCGACCGCGCGCUCUACAUGCGCCGCUGCGUCGAGGGCGGCCGCAUCUACUGCCUCAAGGAGGAUCCCGCCAACAUCCCGCUCAACAGGGCCUACCACUGCUUCCUGUUCGUGCUGGACGCGGCGCUCAAGAUACUGUUCUGGCUGCUUGUACUGUCCUACUUGGCGGCGUGGUUCCGCCCCGUGCGCGCGCUGCUCGCGCUCGGUGCACCCGUUAUCGGGUACCUGCCGAUACUGGGGCGUACGGUGCUCGACGACUAAGCCGCGCCACUCGCCGCACCACUCGCCGCGCCACUCGUCGCACCACUCGCCACACCACUCGCCGCAUCAAUCGCGCAAUAUGAUUAGUCAAUAUUUUACAAUGUUUUUAUUAUCUACUGUAGUUUUAGAUUUAUUAUAUCACGAGACAUCUUUAUAUUUACAUGUUAGUGAGGAUUUCUUGUUUGUAUUUAUAUACGUAUCUAAUAAUAAAAAUAUAAUCUAUCUGUGGGGAUACUAUGGCUAGAAACUAAUAUGUUAUAUAAUAAAGGUUUUCUUAUUU